UAUUCGGAUCUGAAAAGGAGGCGCAAAUCCAUCCGUCUCUCUCUCUCUCUUUCUCCUUCUCUCUCCAGCUGUGUUCAUUCCGUUCCCCCUUCCUCUCACUCCGACUUCCUCCCCUUUUUGCGCUCACUGCGUCGCGUCUGAUCGGCCGGUGGUCUCUCGAUCUCCUCCGCUACACGGCCGCACAUCAAAUCUCGCAAGAUGCCCCGCGGCAAUCUCAUUUCCUCUUUCUAAUCGAGUUGGCCUGAAUCGACAAACAAUUUUCUUUGUUUCUGGCAAGGGAGGGCUUCAAAUCGAUCUCAAAUGCGAGAAAUGAUUUCUUAUCUUCGGUCGUGUCUUGAUCCGAUGCGGUUGAGCCUGUUUUGAACUAGGAGAUUUGAAAAAGGAUCAAUCAUCGCCGGCGAUGUCAACCCACUCCCCUUGCGCCGCGUGCAAAUGCCUGCGGCGGAAGUGCACGCCGGGGUGCGUUUUCGCGCCGUACUUCCCCCCGGAUCAGCCCGGGAAGUUCGCGUGCGUGCACAAGGUUUUCGGGGCGAGCAACGUCGGAAAGAUCCUCAGCGACCUGCCCCCGCCGCAGAGGGAGCACGCCGCCAACUCGCUGGCGUAUGAGGCGCAGGCGAGGCUGCACGACCCCAUCUAUGGUUGCGUCGCCUACAUCUCGUACCUCCAGCAAAAGCUCAAGCAUGUCCAACUCGAGCUCUACGAAGCCAAGAAGGAGCUCUCCACCUACAUUGGCCCAGCCACCCUUGGCCCAGCCACCCUUAGCCCGUUCUUCGCCCACGGCCCCCCUGGCUCCGACUCUCCGUACGGCGUCCCUGUGAUGGGCGUCGGGAUGGGUCUCGGUCUCGCGGCGCAGGAUGCGGCGGCCGCACACCACCACGCCCAAAAUUUUAUUCACGACCCUCCCCCGCCGCCGCCGCCGCCGCCGCCCGAGUCGAUGGAGGCGCAGCAAAUUGGCAUGGCCGUGGUAGCAGAUAUGAUGACGAGGUACGACCAGCAACAGGAACUCGCGAGAUUUAACGGUCGGAGGGGAUUUGAGCAGAUGGGUGGUGGCUCGUUAAUGGCGUUUCUUCCUGCGCAAGAAUUCCAGAGUGACUUUGUGCAACAACAGUACUACACCGAGCAGCAGCCGCAGCAGCAGCAGACGACGAGCGAAGAUAGGAGGAGUGGCAGCGGCCGUUCGUCUUGAACGUCCGUGCAAGAAAUAAGAAAGAUAGAUUGUGAGUUAGCUAGCUACCCCGAAAAAUCUUCUUCUCUUGAACUAUUCCCAAUAACCAGAGAUCGAUCUUCUUGAAAGGUAUGUACAUCAACCAAUUUUACCUUGCCUAUCGAAUCGAGUUCUUUCUCGAAUGAACAGUAGUUUAUUGUAGCCCGAUAAGCUUUUUACACAAGUGUAUCAACUCUCCUCUUUUUCCAUCGGUGAGUCUUGAAAUUGACAGAAAAAAGUUUCUUUUUAUUUGUUUUACCUUCGUUUUGAUUUUGUUAACCCCAAAGAAAAAUGGUGCACUUACUACGACGCAUGGCUACAGGAUAGGACCACUUCAAUUCUUCGCCCUCGUUGAUUUGGUGGCAGUGCAUUAAGGAUCGCCGAAGCAGACAACUGACAAGCGACCAGCAGCAGAGAGAAAAGAGUCCUGUCAGUAAAAGAGAGAUAACAGGCAAAAGGAAUGCCGAGGCUGCAGGGAUUGUGAUGCGGUUGUGGCAGUCCCCGCUCAUUAAUAUUCUCUCUGCCGUGAGCUCACCUGCUUCUUUUUGCCGCCUCAUACAAUAGCCAUUUUGCACUCGUCCUGACUCUCAGCCUUGUUUUGGCACACUCUGGUUAUGUCACCUUCUGAUUCUUCUGUUUCAUUAUUUAUUGCUAGCUUUCAAUUUUUUUGUUGCACACACAUAAAUGCUAGCCCGAGGUGAAUAUCUAUUAUGAAUAGAUCAUAGAUAGAAUUUAUUGCUUACAGAAUGUUCUGUGUUCGCUAGUUCAAAUUUCAUUAUUCUUCAGGAUUACAUGUAGUCUUUUAAUAUAAUUUCUUCUUAAAGAGGACUAGAGGAGCCUUCGUGGACUUGGGCACUGAAAUAAAUUAAAGGUGAGAAGGACAAACUGCACUCUUACCCAACCCUAGAAACAAAGAAAGAUGAGCUCAGGACUGGGAAUAUGUGAUCCGAAAUCUGUGUAUAAAUCUUAGCUGCACUACUCUGACAUGGGAUCACACUUUCUCAUCAUGCAUCUGAAGAGUAGUGGUGAUAGGAAACUGUUACGUGCCUUGUGGUAUAGAUAGAAGGAGAAGGAUUGAAUGGU